CUGUUUCUGAUAAAUUAUCUAAGAAAUUUGAUGAUAAGCAUCUCAAUUUAGUAUUUUCGAGGUGCUCCGAAACCAUGUCGAAGGAUUUUGAAAAGACAACUGAGGUUUUACCAUUCACUAAAUAUGGUUUAUCAUCAAUGGAAGAGUUCAGGAAAGCAGAAGAGGAAGUUCACCACCUCGAAUGGUUGAAGAAGGCUGGAUUAACAAGCGAUGAAGUGAAACUGUAUCAAGAGAACGAGGCGGGGCUUCUGGACCAACGGAAGAAGAUAGAAUCCGGGGUUUUGAAAAAUAAAUUAGAAGAAAUAUACAACAAGAUUAACAAUAUGCAUAACGAGGGCAAAAGUGAUUUUAAUAAUCAAGAACCGAAACAAUCAACUUCAACAAUGAAUCCAGAAAAUCUAAUUGAAAGGUUACAACAGAAGCCAAUAAAUUUCUAUCCCGAGGGUCAUCCCAUGAAUGAGCUAAAAGAACUUGAAUCAAACUUAUUGGGUAACCUGAAAACAGAAAUGAUUCCUUUGACUAAACGGCGAAAAAUACUGCGACGUCUCGAGAGGAAGAAGGAACGGCUCCUGGCGCAGGCUCAACAGAACAGUAUUGCUAGUAUAAGCGCUUUCCCCAGUACAUCAAGAAUGGAUAGGCCUGGUAGCCUCUGGGAUGUACGAGAGACACCGCAUAGAAACAUACCGCAUACAAUCACCAGUCGAGACCAAGAAGCACACUGUUCUACCGAAGGUCAACAAGCAAUGUAUUCAAUAAGAGAUAAUAAAAUUGUAAGGAUUACCGAUCCUGUGCCGAAUAACCCAGAAGAACCACUGGCAGAACAGCCUGCGGAGAUUCCAGAAGUUGCAGAGAUACCAGAACUUGAUACUGAAGCUCAACUUCUAGAAGGCACCAAGAUGUGUCUUGAUGAUAUCAGAAAAAUAGACAGAUUUAAAGAUUAUGAACCUGGGAUACCUUCGAAGGUACUGUAUUUAAAGAACAUAGCUCCGACUGUGAGUCAGGAGCAGUUGUCACUACUGUUCAACCAGUUCGUGCUCGCUAAUGGAGGGCCCGUAGACCUGCGGCUGAUGACCGGACGAAUGAGGGGGCAAGCGUUUGUGGCUUUUCAAAAUGACGAGCUAGCCAUCCAAGCUCUGGAAGAGAUCAAUGGCACCAUUCUAGGUGGACGGCCAGUCAUCGCAGAGUUCGGUAGAAACACGAACAGGAUACAGGAUGAUCACAGAUAAGUAUAUUACAACCGACACCAGUAUACAGGGUGUGAGCGUUUAACAUUUAUCAUACCAACAGGUAUGGAAGCCUAAAAAGGCAUAAAUAUUUGUGUAUUAAAAAAUUACACAGUUUUUUUAAAAUCGACCAAUAUAUAGGUCAUAUAGGACUCUUAGGAAAUUACAAAAAACUUUCUCGCGAAGUUGGUUUGAUUUAUUUGAGUCAUUACAUUACUAUUAGUUGACUAAACAGCGAAUUAUAUCGAAUUUGAAUGGAAUAGUUAAAACUGUGGCGUAAAACGUAAUAAUUAUUCACUUUUCUAUCAUUUUCUGCUUCUUAGCAACACUGAAACAAUCAUUUAUAGUCAGUUUAACUCAUCUUUGCGCAUACUUCUAUGUGUGAGUUACUCCUGUAAAUAGGAUGUGGACAUUACGAAUACAGAUUCUAUUUGUGUGUGUGUCACACAUUAAAAGUGAUUUUAAACGAUCGCUGUCAAUGGCACGCCCAUAACGCCGCGUGCGCAGCUAAGUUGCAGAAAAAAAAUAUUGAAUUUGCAUCACCAUGGCAAUUCUUUAUAGUGUUAUAUUAUUAAGUACAAUUUAUAGGAUACGAUGUUUUCACCUUAAUUCUUGAUGCACAAAAAUGUAUUCGUAAGUACGGCUGUGCCGAUUAGUUAAGUAACUUAAUAUAAAGAUAUAUUAUUAUCUUUAUUAACCUUUUAACCGCCCGACUUCAGAACAGUUGGCGUGUCCCUAGCGCCCGGCACAGUGAAUCGAAAAUUAAAUACCUAAAAGAAAGAGGGAUGUGCAAUACUUAACUUUGUGAUGUCGAUAUUUCGUUUUAAUAACGACAUUUGCAUUUGCGAGCGUGGUUAAGUAAAAACUACAUCUCACCAAACUAAGUUUGCACCUCGCGUCGUUUACGUCACACUGAGGCUUAGGUACGGGCUGUAAAAAAGGAUUCGCUAUGACUUUAAAAAAGUAAACAAAUGUUUUUUAGAUUUUACUUUGCAUUUGUUGUUUUUAACAUUAUAUUAUACGUAGGUACACGGGUACAUGCCGCAUUCCAGCGAGGUGUAAACUUAGCU